AUGAUGAAAUAUAUCAUUCAAGGCUUCGUUUUACUUGCCACGUUCUGGGCCUCUAUUGCUUCUGCAGGCGUUGUUCAACCAAGAGCUGAAACGGGUGAAGCCCUUAUGAAAUAUGGCUACAACCCUCCACGCGUGAACCCAGACUAUUGCGUUGGUUUCCGUAUCACUUACCCUAGUUUCCCUGGUCAAGCUUUUGAAGCCAACUCGAUCCAACAGUUGCGCUGGGAGCUAGACUCUGAGAUUCCUCAUUCGCCUGAUAUUAUCACGCGUAUCCGUGUGCUUAACAGCACUCAACAUAACGAAUAUACCAUUGGAGAAAACAUCACAUUGUAUACGGAUGGUAAUAGCGGCGAAGUGACUUUCCCGCUCAAUAUCGAAGAUAUCACUGGUGCUUACCAUUACCGUAUCAUGGUCAAUUAUCCAGGCACAAACACCCACUGUGUCUAUGAGUCAAUACCAUUCAUGAUCAUCCAGAGUCCAUACAAGAAAUACUAUGCCGGUGGCGUCAACGGUGCAUUUGUUCCUGGAGAGUCUCCUAGUCGUAUCUACUCUGCUGCUGCAUCGCCCAACAGCAGCGAUGAUAACGAAAAGAGCAAAAACGUACCUGCCGUUGCUGCUGAUACUGCUGAGGAGCACGAUAACGAGCAGCAACAACAAGAAAAGAAGCAGGAAGAAGAGGAGAACGUUGUUGCUUAG